AUGAAAAUCAAACAAUUCUCAAACCUUUUCCUCCGAAAGGUUCCUCUCAAUCAAGCUUCCUUCAAAAGUUUCUCCACUAAUCUUGGUAUCAUAAGAGGUGAUUUGAACAAACCUAAAGAAGCCCUCCCACAAGAGAAUAGAGAUUCCGUCGAGAAAUCCAAUGCUAAGGGUAAAAGUGCAAACACCAAUUCUUCUUCUUCUUCUAGUACCACCAAUACAAGUGGAAAAGGAGCCACAGAGAAUAGUCAGAGAGCAUCAACAACAAUGGGUUACUCAGUUUCCGAACAAGAAUCGAACAGUGGAGCUUUCCCUGAUGCAUUAAAGGAAGAAUAUAACAAAAUGAUGAAAAUUAAUAAGGAGGAGGAACAGAGGGCUGCUUCUCUUGCCUCUUCACAAAAAGAUGAUUUGCAUACUAAGCAUUCCGAGCAUAGAACCAUCAAUGAUGUAAGGAAUGAACAACAAGCUGAACACAAUAAACAAACACCCUAG